AUGGGUCUGACACUCUCGACCUCCCAAAAAUUCGUGUACCGUCGCCUAAAGGACUUCGUCAUAGAACACGGCCACCCACUUGACAAGAAGUCCGCUAAAGCAUUAGCUAGGUGGCUGGACCGCCAAGGCUGCCCUAUAGCAGAUGACAUCAAGCUAGAAAAAUGGCAAGCCUUAGGUUAUAACCUAUGGCGGGAUGCAGAUAAAGGCGACAGACUAGCCAAGCAAGCUUUGAUUGCAUGGAGGCUUGUUCUGAUGGUGCUACAGCACCAAAUGAUGAACAAGAAUAUCAGCCUCCCCACAGAAGACACUGAAAACACCAAGCAGGACAUGGACACUAAAGGCACACAAAAUGGCGGGAGGGAGACGGAGACAGACAGCACAUCACAAGAUGGCGGGAGGGCUCCGAGGAGGAGAUCGCGUCGAACGCAAAAUGGCGUCGAGGAGGAGGGACCCCGGGAUCGCCAAGAGAGAAGGGGGGAGGGUGAAGCGCGCGAAAGACCAGCACGGGAAAAGAGGAGGCGGGCCCCUGUAGCUCCACCCCUCGGGCCGCCUCCCUCUCCUCCCACACGUGGCGCAAGAAGUCCCUCCCCCAACACGCCUCCGUCUACACCUACUUCCGCCACUCCUGUCUCCUCCCCUGAUGUGUUGCCCAUCCGGAAGGGACAGGAAGUGGUGGGCGGGGCAAGGGCAAAGGCCAAACUCUCCUUCCGCAAAAAUGGCCGCGCCCAUAGGCCACCUAACACCAAGGCCUACCCCGCCUGCCGCGAACUAGAUUCGGACUAUGAUUGGGCGCCACGCUCCCCUGAGAGGCAACCCUCUGUCCCGGACAUUUGGGAAGCCUUUAGGGAGGAGGCUGCGUGCGCAAAGGACGUUGAAUUUUUAAAAGCCUUUCCAGUAUAUUACGAGGAGGGAAAGCCCCCUGAGUGGCGGUCGGUUUCCUACCCUAUGUUAAAAGAUAUCAAAAAGGCGAUUGUUGAGUACGGGUUAGGGGCUCCUUUUACCAUCGGUCUGUUGGAUUCCUUCUUCCUAGCAUACACCCUCAUUCCAUAUGACAUCCGAGCGGUUAUUGGGGGGUUGUUUACUACAGUUCAAGCCUCCGUAUUCGAAGCGGAGUGGAAAAAACGUAUUGUGACCUUUGUAAACGAAAAAAUGGAAAGAAGGGGGAUUCCUAUCAGACAAGCCGUAGACAUGCUUUAUGGGGAAGGGAACUAUUCCAGCAGAGGGGAUCAGACACGUCUUGACCCCAAAUUGUUAAAUGUGACAAAAGAAUUGGCAUUGGAAGCGGUAAAAAGAGUGGCAGACGCCUAUGUACAAGCGCCCUCUUUUACGCUAAUUAAUCAGGGUAUUAAGGAGCCAUUUGUUGAUUUUAUAACUAGGCUCAAAGAAGCAAUUGCUCGGCAGGUACAUCAAAAAGAAAGUCAGGAGAUCCUAUUCAAUAAAUUGGUCAUAGAAAAAGCAAACGAAGACUGCCAGAGAGUUUUAAAAAUGUUAAAAGAUCCCACGCUGCUGGAAAUUAUAGAGGUGUGUAAAAACGUAGGUUCCAAUGCCCAUAAAGCACGUAUAAUGGCCGCUGCUCUCUCAGGUCCCCAACGAUGCUUCGAAUGUGGUGAGAAGGGACAUUUUAAAAAGCAUUGCCCCAUGUUUAAAUCAGAGCCAAAUCUGCCUAAUACUCUGUGUCGUAGAUGCGGAAAGGGACGUCACUGGACCUCAAGUUGUCGUUCAGUAACCAACAUCAAUGGCGAACCCCUUUCCCCCAAGAGAUCACCAAAGCUCCAAAAAUGA